GAAAAAAAAGUUCCAGUUUACAAACCGCUACCGAGCAGACGACUUGGGGGGGACAAAGGAGAAGUUAACGUGCUGAGAGGUGGGCUCGGUCAAACUUUAACUAGACGACGAACUAACAGCAGCUUUUUUUAAUUUCCUUAUUUUGGGGGCUGUUCGUCUGUGUGUGUGUGUGACGAUGAGGCGGAUUAGCGGUGUGCUAGUGUGCGCGCUCCUGCUUUGGGGUGAAGGGUGCAUGGGGGACACUCCGGCCAACUGCACCUACGAGGACGUACUGGGGACUUGGGUGUUUCAGGUGUCCAAAGGAGGACAAGACGGCACCGUCAACUGCUCCGCAGAAGCUACAGGUGAGAGCACAGUCGUGGUGACCCUGGAGAAGCUUUCUGUGGCCAAAGAUGAGCUCGGGCACAGCGGCUUCUUCACCCUCAUCUACAACCAGGGCUUCGAAGUGGUCAUCAACGGGUACAAAUGGUUCGCCUUCUUCAAAUACACCGAUGAUGGCCAUAAGGUGACCAGCCUCUGUGACCAGACCUUGCCCGGUUGGGCCCAUGAUGUUCUGGGACACAACUGGGCCUGUUUUGUGGGGAAGAAAGUGACAUCGGUACCACCCAAAAUACAUUACAAACCCCUCUUCAGCAGCGGGCUCCUCCAGAAGCCGUACAAAAACAACAUGGACUUUCUUGAGGCCAUCAACUCUGUCCAGAAGUCGUGGACGGCCGCGGCCUACCCGGAGCAUGAGAUGUACACUCUGAAGGAGCUGCACCAUCGAGCCGGGGGCCCCGGCUCCCGUAGCCCCGCGCGCCUUCGCCCCGCGCCUGCGGACGCUGCCGAAGCAAAGAUGGCGGCGGCGCUGCCCGAGCGCUGGGAUUGGAGAGACGUCGGCGGAGUCAACUUCGUCAGCCCCGUGCGCAACCAAGCGUCGUGUGGGAGCUGCUACUCCUUUGCCUCGAUGGGAAUGUUGGAAGCUCGGCUUCGAAUCCUCACCAACAACAGCCAGACUCCCGUCCUCAGCCCGCAACAAGUGGUCUCCUGUUCCGAGUACUCGCAAGGUUGCGAUGGUGGGUUCCCGUACCUGAUAGGGAAGUAUAUUCAGGAUUUUGGCAUUGUGGAUGAGUCGUGCUUUCCGUACACGGCGAAGGACUCUCCGUGCGGCGUUCCUCAAAACUGCCGCCGCAUUUACGCCGGGGACUACUACUACGUCGGUGGAUUCUACGGCGGCUGCAGUGAGAUGGCCAUGAUGUUGGAGCUGGUCAACAAUGGACCCGUUGGAGUGGCUUUUGAGGUCUACCCCGACUUCAUGCACUACAAGGAGGGCAUCUACCACCACACGGGCCUCAGAGACCCCUUCAACCCCUUCGAGCUGACCAACCACGCCGUGCUGUUGGUGGGCUACGGCCGCUGCCACAAGACCGGGCAGAAGUACUGGACCGUCAAGAACAGCUGGGGCACGGGCUGGGGCGAGGGCGGCUACUUCCGCAUCCGCAGGGGCAGCGACGAGUGUUCCAUCGAGAGCAUCGCGGUCGCCGCCAACCCGAUCCCCCGACUGUAGGGACCCCUGCGGCGUCGCUUUGUUUCCAACCUCAUCGAUCAACCAAUAGCUGACUAUGAAUGAUUUUUGAAUCUGAGCUGAAGCUGCCGAAUCAAGUUUUAAAAUCCAAGUGCGUCUGUGCACGAUGUGCCAUGUCAUCACUUUAAGGGGAUCCGGGUGCUGCGCUGUGAUUCUUUGUCUCAGGGAAGCAACAGGGAAGAGUUGUAAAAUGUUCUCUCCCUGCAAAGUGAAACCGUGACUGCCAUGUUUUUCUGUAAAGGCACUUUGUAUGAGCUCCCCGGGGAGCUUUUAAAGGGAAUUCUUACUUAAAUAAAUAAAGGGACAUAACUAUU